UAAAACCCCUGCAGUAGAAAUGCAGGGUCUUAAGCACUGGAUCACCAGGAAAGUCCCAACUUUACUAAUUUUGAUUCAUUAUUUAUUUCGGAAACAAUGUUUAAUGUAGGCAAUUAGAGAUCAAGAAUUUGCUCCAAAUAGCUUUCCAUGGAUUUAUCAGAAUAUUAUUUCUACUGAAAUGAUCCUUACCACUUUUUCCAUUUCUCCUUUUGUGUGAAAAUAAAAACUCUGCUCAGGGCCUAUUGGUGAAAUGUAUUUUCAUAUCAGGGACAGUUGACCUUCAAGGAUGUGGCCAUCAGAUUCACUCCUGAGGAAUGGGAAUGCCUGUACCCUGUUCAGGGGGCCUUGUACAGGGAUGUGAUGAUGGAGACCCUCAGAAAUGUGCUCUCUGUGGACCUCUGAAGACUUGUGUUGCCUGAGGAAGCCCUGAAGUUGAGGAAGAGGAAAGAAAAGGAGUCAGGCAUGGCUCUUUCUCAGGAACAACUAACCUCUGAGGAUGUGGCCAUUGAAUUCACUCAGGAGGAGUGGGAAUUCCUGGACCCUGCUCAGAGAGCCUUGUACAGGGAUGUGAUGCUGGAGACCUACAGGAACCUGCUGUCUGUGGAUAUCUCUCCUACACAUGUGAUCAAGCAUUUACAACCCAAAGCAAACAGUCAUAAACGAGAGCCACUCCAAACAUUGAUGCUGGGAAGACCUGAAAGCUAUGAAAUCAAACAUUUUCAUCUUUGGGAAACUCAGGAAAAUAUGUGUGACUUUGAGUGUCAGGGGAGAGAUGACAAAAGAAAUUACAAAGGAACACCUGUAAGCCUUGAUGGAAAUGUGCCUGAUGGAAGAGAUUCACAUGAUAGAAAGGAUGCAGGAAUCACGCUGUUUGGAAACAGGCUUGGGUUUAACUUUCAGGAUAAACUGCAGUUACUUCAAACUGGUGGGAUAACUUCUGAAUAUAACGAAGUUGAGAGGUCUGUCAACAACAGUUUGUCAUUUUCACCACUUCAAAGAAGUCCUCCUUGUGUCCAAACCAGUGUUUCUAAUAUAUAUGGGGAUGAUUUUAUGAAUCCUUCAGUAAUAACACAAGACCUCAAAGCACACAGGGAAAAACCUUACAAAUGUGAUGAGUGUGGGAGAGCCUGUCUUAAGGGCUCAUGCCUCAUUAAACAUCAGGCCAUCCAUAUAAGAGAGGAAUCACAUAAAUGUGAAGUAUGUGACAAAUUGUUUGAUCAAAGUUCACAGCUUGCACAUCAUUUGAAAAUUCAUUCUGAAGUGAAAUGUUACAAAUGUAAUGAGUGUGGCAAAACCUUUAAUGAUAGCUCCACCCUUGCUAGACAUCAGAUAAUCCACUCAGGAGCAAACUUACAUAAGUGUGAUGUAUGUGAUAAAAUCUUUGGUCAGAAUUCAUUCCUUGUAAGUCAUCGGACUAUCCCUGCAAGAAAGAGAAGUUGCCAAUGUAAUGAGUGCGGCAAAACCUUUGCUGACAGCUCAAAGCUCAGGAGACAUCAGAAAAUUCAUACAGGAGAGAAACUAUUUAAAUGUGAUAUAUGUGACAAAGUCUUCAGCCAAAAUGCAUACCUUGCUGUUCAUCAGAGGGUUCAUACUGGAGAGAAACCUUACAGAUGUAAUGUGUGUGGCAAGCAGUAUAGUCACUCUUCACAUUUCACAAGGCAUAAGAGAUUUCAUACUGGAGAGAGACCUUACAAAUGUGAUGAGUGUGGAAAGACCUAUCGGGUAAAGUCAGUCCUUUUAAGUCAUCAGACCGUUCAUACUGGAGAGAAACCUUACAAUUGUGAUGAGUGUGGUAAGGCCUUUCGUGUAAAGUCAAUCCUUUUAAGUCAUCAGACAGUUCAUACUGGUGAGAAACCUUACAGAUGUGAUGAGUGUGGCAAGGCUUUUCGUGUAAAGUCAGCACUUUUAAAUCAUCAGACAGUUCAUACUGGUGAGAAACCUUACAAAUGUGAUAAGUGUGGCAAGGCUUUUCGUGUAAAGUCAGUCCUUUUAAGUCAUCAGACAGUGCAUACUGGUGAGAAACCUUACAGAUGUGAUGAGUGUGGCAAGACCUUUACUUCCAGCUCACACCUCAGGAGACAUGAGAAAAUUCAUACAGGAAAGAAAUCAUUUAAAUGUGAUAUAUGUGACAAAGUCUUCAGCCGAAAUGAAUCCCUUGCUGGUCAUCAGAGGGUUCAUACAGGAGAGAAACCUUACAAAUGUGAUGAGUGUGGCAAGCACUUUAGUCAGCCUUCACAGAUUAUAAGUCAUAAAAGAUUUCAUACUGGAGAGAAACCUUACAAAUGUGAUGAGUGUGGCAAAGCCUUUCGUGUAAAGUCAACCCUUUUAAGUCAUCAGACAGUUCAUACUGGUGAGAAACCUUACAAAUGUGAUGAGUGUGGAAAAGUCUUCGGUCAAAAACCACAUCUUCGCCUUCAUUGGAGAAUCCAUACUGGAGAGAGACCUUAUAGAUGUAAUGAGUGUGGCAAGUUCUUCAGUCGAAAUUCACACCUUACAAGUCAUCGGAGAAUACAUAUAGAGAAACCUUUCAAAUGUUUCGAGUGUGGAAAAUCCUUUACUCAGGUCUCAGCACUCACUAAACAUCAGAAAAUCCAUACAUGAGAGAAACUUAUGUGAAUGUGGUAUAUGGUAGAAGUGUUCAAAAUUCAAAGUUCAAACUUCACACCCUACUGUUGGUCAGAGAAUUCAUACUACUGAAGAACCAUACAAAUGUGAUGAGUGUGGCAACCUCUUAGGCUUCAUGAGAAAAUUCAUACUGGAUAGAAGCCAGAUAUGUAUGUAUUUAUUAGUCAGGUCUUUAGAACAUGAAUUCAUUCUAGAAAGAUUCCUCGCCAGUUUCACAAAUGUGGGAAAAAAAAAAACCCUGUCCUCACAGCUCACAUCUUGCCAGUAAUAUCAGAGUAUUUAUCCUGUAGAAAACACACAGCAAUGUAAUGUGUGUGACAAGGAUCUUACCCAAAAGUCACAAGAUAGGAACAUAAUGGAGCCAUACUUCCCAGACUCAGUGAUUGUGGCAAAUCUUUACCUUUUUCACUUUAUGUAUUCUCUGAUGACUUUAGUUCAGGUAGUCAGCAACUGUAAUAAGUCCAUAUUUGAAGAGAAGCUAUAGAGAUCUUUUCGUGUAAAAGAAACCCGAAUUUUAACUCCACAAAGAUGAUUCUUUGGGACAGUAAUCCAGCAUCUUUUUGGUCUCCUGGCUUUCUGAAUAAAGUCAAUAUUCCCUGCCCAAGAA